CCGCACGAUCCGGUCGCGUACGGUCGCGAACUCGAAUUCCGAAUAUAUCGACGACUAAGUAAUCAUCGGGGAUGUUUUGUGUUUGUGAAAUACUUUACAGUGGCUGAGGGAAUAUUUUGCUCGUAUUGUCACGAUUUAUAAAGGAAUGGAGGAACUUACCGUUGCAACACCCACCUUCGGUGCAAAUGAAUUAAACUACUGAUUUAACACAAAGAUUGAAUUACAAUGGAGGAGAAAAUCACAAAAAUAAUAUUCGUCCUUAUAACUUUGGCUCUAAUGAACGAAAUGUCAAUUAAAGUUCUAGCAAAGGAAAGUAACAAACGCCGAUUCAGAGAUAAAACUGGCGGCUUUCGAAAGAAUAUAUGCGACGUCACAGAUCGCGAGUCUAAAGUUCAUUGCUACUGUGAAAAUUCCAGAGAACUGAAGAAUGCGACGAAAGCAGAAUGCUGGGUAUUUAAUAGUGGUAUUUUAAAGGACGAUGUUAUCUGGCAAAGUUUUGCCUCUCAACCAGCAUUAAAAACGUUAUCAUUCAGCAUCCGAGUCGAUGGCACAUUGAACUAUAUACCGUCGAAAGCAUUGCACUACUUAAAAGAUCUUAGAUCUCUUACAAUUAGAUAUGCAGCAAUCACUGACAUCACUCCGUACGCUUUCAAUAAUUUAACAAAUUUAACUGAAAUAAUAUUGCCUCAAAAUGAAAUAGAAACUUUUCACCAGCACGCGUUUGCUCAUUUGCCGAAUCUAACUCUAAUAAAUCUAGAAGAUAAUACGAUUACGGAGAUUGGCACAGAGGUGUUUUACGAUUUGCCCGAGCUACAGAAAAUUAUUUUCACUAAGAACAACAUAUCAUCGAUAGCAGAUGGUGCAUUUCAGUACUUGUACAAAUUGCUAGAUUUAUUUUUGAAUAGAAAUAAUAUAUUCCGUAUGAAUCGCCACACCUUUGAUGGGCUGGCCAACUUGCGGAAAUUGGAUCUCAGACAAAACCACAUUCAUAAUUUGACUGAAUUCACAUUUGCGGAGUUGUGGAAUCUACAAGAAUUAUUACUAGGCAAAAACUAUUUAAAGUACGUCUCGGAAAGGGCUUUCGAUGGCCUGUCACAACUCAGAAAGUUAUCACUGGAUGAUAAUAAAUUAGUCACCUUACCGUCUGGUUUAUUUGCGGGCGUGAGGGGUUUAAUCUCUCUGGAUUUACGUUCCAAUGAACUAUACACAUUAACUUUAGACAACAUCAAACCCAUAUUGGACAACUUAAAGUCACAGAACAGUAAUUUGUUGCUCCAAGAUAACAAUUUUGUAUGCGACUGCAGAAUGAAAUGGAUACACACACUGCGCAAUGAAACACAAAGUCAAAAUACAAUACUGGCGCUGGAUAAUGUGACGUGUAACAUGGAUCCAACUGUAGUCAGCACCGCUUACAGCAAAAUGUUCCACGUCAUAGAAUAUAAAAGAGAUCGCCAUCACGGGAUAUCACAGGCAGACGACAAGAUAAAUAUCUCAGUAUCUCAAUAUAUAAAUAUCUCCGAGAGAGAAAAUUCUCACAAGGCCAAAUAUUCAGAUAGAAAAUCACCGACUAAGUUACCUUUGACCAGAACUUUCUUUACAAUACCACCGGAGAACUUACCCUGCCCCAGAGAAGUUACGAAAACCACAGAAGUGCCACAAAUUGUGAUGGAUCCAGUGAUGCCAUUGCAGAAUAAAAUUAAAACAAAUAGACACCAAGAGAUGAACUCUGCCAGAUCAAUUAAAAUAGUAACGAUUCUAUUGUUUUACGUUCCCGUUUUGUGCACAUUUGUGUAGUCAAUUUGGUGAAAAUAGUGAUUAAAUUUAAACUACAGACUUUAAGCCACUAGUGUGUAUUUGAAUUGUAAUGUAAUAAAUUAAUGAGCACUUAAAUGUUUAUGCAAAGAAAAUUGUGAUUAUAAUUAUCAUAUAAAUGUCGUAAAUUAUCGUAAUAUUAAUAUUACGUAGAUUAAUGUUGUAAAUUAAAUUCAUCUCAUAAAAUUACCAUUUAAAUUGCAUUAUGAUUUAUGCCUUUUGUAUAUACACAGCGUGUUAGUACAUACAUACAUCAUUGUUGUUGCACAUGUAAAUCCCUGCGGGGCAUUGAAAUGUAACCCGUUAUAGAACCCCGAACAGAACAAAGGUUUUUUCAUACUGUAUAACCUACUGUCAUAAAAUCUUCUGAUAUACCCAAAUAGAAUAAAGAAAAAUGGGUUUAGAAUUAAAAUAUUAUAUUUUCAAAUAACUUUUUUUUUAAUAUAUUAAUAAAUAUUUUAUUACGACUGAUUAAUAUCAAAGAAAUGUAUAAUAAAUAUGUAGGGAUUAAUUUAUUAUUUUAGUGCAAUUAAUAAUUUUUGAUUGUUAGAAAUAAUUUAUUGAAAAAUUUUAGAUAUAUAAUGGGUUUUAUGAAUAUAUAUGUAUAUUUACAGUUUACAUAUAUAACAUCUAUAUUUCAAGAUACAAAAUAACUCUGUACUUUACUGAAUUAUACUUUUUUACAUGUUAAUAAUCAAAUCAUUGUAAUAUUUUAAUGUUCAUAUUAAAAUUUGAAAACAUUUUGUAAAUUUGUCUGGCUUGUAUGAUAAAAAUGUGUCAACUCAACUUUUUAUUGCCAGAAUAUUGUAACAAGUUACUAAGGGAACAAAACACUAAAUACUAGUGGCAAACAAGGAAAACUCAAAAUAAUUCCCUGUACCGAGCCACGUGGCCAGCAUAGUAAUAACGGGAAAAACGGGAAGAUGAAAGGAAUAGGAAAAUGGUGAUGGAAGGGCAUGGUGAUAGCUAUAACCAUAUAACUAUGCAUAACUGUUAGUGAAUUUGAAGAGAGUGAGCAGGAAUGGACUCUGCCCUCCUCACUAUUGUCACGCUAAGCUUAAAGAUAUAUCUUAAAAGUUUAUACGCCCCAUUUCUCGCAAUAGUAAUCUUAAAUACGUUAAUCAUAGUGGACACUAUCGCUUGCACUGACAUUAUAAUGCCUAUUAAUCCUUACGUUACCGUACAUGCUUGUAAAGUACUUGUAUUAUGUCUCUAUAUUCUAUAAACCAGGACAAACAUGUAAGCCCAUUUACGUGACGGUAGAAAUUUAAAUUCACGAACGAGAUUACAGAAAAAGGACAGAUAUAAAAAUGUGUUAGCGGUAACUUACAUAUGUUUUUUACAUAUGUAAGUUACCGCUAACUGUAUAACUAUAUACCUACUAAUGAUUUCUGUAUAAUGAUUCUCAGUCAGAUUUGAAUUUAUGAACUUUCUGCGAAAGAGAUAUAUACUAUAAAGAAGAGUAGAAAAAAAAAUAAACCACAACGCUUUUAAAUUAAUAAAUUUUCACAAAUAAUCGUAAUUCGGCUUAAAUUUGUUCACCUCAUGCAUAUAUUGAUAAUUAUUUAAUAAAAAAAAAAAGUUGUAUAGGAUAUUUGGACAAGGUGUUUUGUAUGAAUAAAUUAAGUGUAAUUUUUUAUAUAAUGUUGUU